GUCGCAGGUUAGAGCACCUCGUGGGAUCCGAGAGUGCGGUGGAGCGGCGCGUGGGCCCGUAAUUUUUCUUUUUUCUUUUUUCUUUUUCUCUUUUCCAAUGAUUUUUGGUAUUUCCCCUUUCCCCCUCUGGAAAAUUUGGUCGAAGGUAAUUGAAGGACAGAGAAAAUAAAGUAACAAAAGGAUGAGAGGUAGGUAACGAAUGGUAUUAGAUAAAAAGAAGGGGGGGCGGUUUGGUAUUGUUACUGGAGGGAACCACCCGGAUGAUUAAUUAUUAUUUGCUCUUCCUCACUCUCUCAGUCUCUCACACACACUCACUCACCCUCUCAGACAGACUCUCAGUCUCUCGCUGUUCUUCCUUUCCUUUCUUCUUUUGGAUUUUUUUUUACCCUCUCACCCUGAGGAAAGGGUCGACAGUCGCGCUUCGUGGUGACGGGUCUGUUCAAGUGUUCAAGUUGCCAGUACCUCGACCCACUUUUUCACAAUGAAUUAUGAGGCCCCAAGACUUUUUUUUUCUAUUAGUAUUAGGAAUUAUUUUUUUUGGCCCCCUUCCCCUCAGUUGUUCGCCUGUAUUGUGCUUUUUCGUGACCCGGUUAAGCUUUCCUUGUCUGUGGGAUUUUUUUUAUCUCUUUCUCUUAAUUGUUGUCUUUUUUUUCUUGUCCCUCCUCUUUUCUAUCUCUCCUGAAGGCGGAACACUCCGCGAUAGGUGGCGAAAUUAAAAAAUUUUUUCCCUCUUGGAGACACCCCCCUUUUUUCUUUUCUGUUCAAUCCUUUGUUCUGCUUUUUCUUUCUGUUCCCUUGGGAAUUUUCACCCCGCUUUUCGGGUCGUGUGGUGGUGGGAAGAUGUAGCAAAGCUUUAUAUCAGAUGUUGAAAAUGACCACUUGAUAUAGUUAAGGGGGGAUUUUUAGAGCUUGAAUAGUCUACCCGCAAUUCGGGACGGACGGUGCUUGUCGAGUUUGGCUGUAGGGAGGACCUGGUGAACCUAGCGUAUGCACCCGUGGAUACUAAACCAAGAUCGCUAGCCAACGUUCGGGAAGCGUGGGUAGGUAUCAAGGUCUUAGUGAACACAAAUGAAGAUGGGGCUAGGAAUGGCGUGCCCGAGGAACGGCUUGGACAGUCUGGGAAUAGGAGGCCGCGAUAGCGCCGGGCUAGUGAUAAAGAAGGUGUAGCGCAGGUCGGGGGAAACGACCAUCUAGCGCGUGCAGGGUCCACGGAGGGAAAAUCCCAGAACCAGACGGUCCUAGGGGGAAGAAAAGUAAAAAAGAAAAAAAAAAAUGGGAAUAAGUGGCGUUAGAUUAUAUCUCAAAUAGAAUAGCCAAUAACACUCGAGGCAAGUCAAAACAGAUCCUACAAGCGGUUGAUGCCGGUGAUAGCUCUGUUCUCUCGGUUAGAGAAGUGAGUUGAUGCUGUGGAAGGGGGGGAACAAGAUGAGAAAUAAAAUAAAUAAUAA